AUGCCCUCUACAAGACCAGAAAACAGGAAAAGACCUCAGUUCGACAGCGAGGAUCUGGUACCUUUCGACCAUGCUGCUGCGGGACAUGAAGGUGUUCAAUGUACACUAUCAGGCGCGCUGAUUGCAAAACCAUGCACAAGAGAGGAGAUUGAGUUCUACGAGUCCAGCGCACUCCAUCCCGCCUUCCAAGAGUUCAUGCCUCUCUAUAUCGGAUCGCUCUCAUCUUCCGAGCAACAGCAAGCACCCGUCAUUGCUGCUGCCAAAGAGUCCGGUGCCCUUUUCCUUCCUACCUCCGGUGACGCGACGGUCGAUUCCACCCUCCCUACCCAACCGACAACGGAGGCUGUCGUAUCGCACGAGAAGUCUACCCCCGCCAAAGAGAAUGCAGCCUGGGUACCCUCUGGGGGCAAGCAGAUUGAUACCGGCCUGUCUAUCGUGCUGGAAAACAUUGCCUGCGGCUUCCGUCGACCAAAUGUGCUAGACGUGAAGCUUGGCGCGCGGUUAUGGGCUGACGAUGCACCGCUGGCCAAGCGGAGCAAGCUCGAUGCCGUUUCCAACGAGACUACCAGUUCUAGUCUUGGUUUCCGCAUUGCGGGGAUGAAGGUCUGGACUGGUCAUAAUGGUGAGGCCGACAGCGGCGAGCGGACAGAUCCGUAUGCCACGAAGCACGAAGGUGCAGAGGGUGAAAAGGGCGAAGUCAUUGAGAAGGAUGGUUAUCGCCGGUACGACAAGUGGUACGGCCGCUCUUUCAAUGAAGAUAAUGUCAAGCAAGGGUUCGAAACUUUCCUUGCUGGCGCGAAAGUGGGCAAGGUAGAUCGAUCAAAGUUCGUUGCUCAGCGGCUGGCAGAGGAAUUGAAGACACUCCAACAAAUUAUUGGAUCCGAGGAGAGUCGGAUGUACUCAGCAAGUGUUCUGAUUAUCUACGAAGGCGAUCCCGAGGCGAUAGAGCUCGCAAUUGAGGAGGAACAGAAAGCCCCGGCGCCCCGUUCCCGGGAAGAACAGGAAGAUCAAGAUGAAGACGAUCAGGAAUUUGAGAUUCCGGAAGGAGCUAUGGAGCUAGUUGAUGUGCAGCUUGGGGCUGGGAUGCCCCAACAGGCUAUUAAUAUCAACAUUGAUCCCCAAACCAUGCCGAUGCCAGCGGUGGAGGACGAGGAGGAAGAGAACGCCCCCAAAGUCCAUGACCUGCGCUUGAUUGACUUUGCACAUGCCAAGUGGACACCUGGCCAGGGCCCGGAUGAGAAUGUUCUCAAGGGUGUGCGCAGUCUGGUCAAGAUCAUGAGCGAACUAGCUCAGGUCUAG